AUGGCAUCAAAUUUUACAAACGGAACUUUUACAAGUUUGAGUGAAAUUGAAUACCAAGCAUUUCUUGACAGAGGGAUCCCUGAUACAAUAUUCCUGCUUUUCUUGACAGUCGUUGGAACAAUUGGCAAUAUACACAUACUUUUGGUGUAUAUUUUAUCACCGGUCAUGGCCAAAUAUUCCGUUCGAGUAUUUAUCAUUUGGCUUGCCUCUAUCGAUUUAACAGCAUGUUUGUUUGGUAUGCCUUUUGAGAUGUUUGAUAUUAGAUACGACUACGCAUUUUCAUCUGUUGGUGCUUGUAAAUUCUUUAGAUUUCUAAAUCACAUUUUAACAAUGGCCUCCUGCUGUUUAAUGACGACAAUUGCUAUAGAAAGACAUAAGAUGAUUGUCAAAAACUUGCCUGUACUAUUUGCUAAUUCUAAAAGGUCAAAUAUCAUAUCUGCAAGUCUGGUAGGAUUAUGCACGAUAUUGGCAAUUCCUGCAGUUAUAUUUCAAGGUCUGAAUGAAAAAGAAACAGAUAAGUUUGGCCUAACGGGUAAGGAUUGCAGCUUGUUAUCGGAAUAUCAAAAUUUUCAUUCUGCAGGAGUUUAUUACAGUAUAAUAGUUGUAAUAGGUUCAGUUAAUACUGUCAUGUGUAUCGUUUUAUAUGGAGGAAUACUGCGUAAAAUUUGUACCAGAAAAGAAUGGAGGAAAUCAUUAGGAAAAAAUAAAACAGUUCCGUCUUUGAAUAUAACUUUGGAAAUAAGUUCGGGAACCACCCAGAUAACCUGUCAAAAUGGGGAGGAAAAAAUAGAUGAAUUACACACUAGAAUGGCUAACAGUGAAAAGAAAAAGGUUACUCGCUCAACACACAAUCUUGAGAAUGCGAUUCGACUAACAAUAAGCCUCAUGAUAGCAACCGCUAUUUCCUAUAUAGGAUAUAUGGUGCAUAAUUUUACUUUCAUGGUAAUCAUGCUCAAUCCAAAAAUGUAUCAAAAUAUUGGCCGACCAGCAUCCAACAUUCUAGUGCGCGGAUAUUUUGUCAACAAUGCAGCCAAUCCUAUCGUAUUUUGUCUUUUGGAUAGCACUUUUCGACAGGAAUGCUUGAAAUUGUAUGGAAACUUUUUUUUUAAGAAACAUAUCUCGCCAGCAUAACACUGAUUCAACUUUCCUUCAAACACAAUUAAAAACGUGUUUAUAUACAUUUUGUUAUAAGAGAAUCUAGAAAAGGGUACGCUUUUUUUCCAACAUGGCGUAUGUGCGAUUCUCAUUGCUUGGAUUGUUUUGUUUUACCGAUAA